AUGGGGGAUGAUGAGAGUAAGAUCCUCGUAUUCAACCCGAAUCCAGAUUAUUUAGAUAAGGUUUUGGCAAAAGCAAACUCCCAAAAUGCAAAGUUGGGACCAUUUGCCGCUACUAUUUUGAUGGGAGAUGUAUUACCUAGCGAUAAACCACUACCUCAAACAGAACUUUUGGAAAGCACAUAUUUCGCGAAGGGACUUAAUGGGAUAAAUAGUGAAGUUGAAGCAAAAGCGUCUGAACUGUCGUCAACGUUGGUUGAUGUUGCCGAGAAUCUAACCUACGUCAAACCACCAUAUAGUAUUAUCAAGUUGGUCUCUGGUAUCACAAUGUUGAUUGUAUCCGGUGAGCUUCUGAAAGACAGUCUCGAUAAAAUAGUUCAAACCAAGGCGAAAAUAGAUUUGCUUUUCACGUUCAGGUGGCCGACUGUAUUAUCCUUUAUAGAGUCAGUUUCGGAGGCAGGUAAUGAAACGAUUGAUUCGCUAGUGAAAUUAAUUAAACCAAAAUACCACUUCGCAGUGGGGAAAAACGAAGGGGGAGUAUAUCGUGAAGUUGAACCCUUUAAGUGGCCUAGUGGUGAAAUCACAAGAUUCAUAAGUUUGGCGCAGGAGGGAAGUGCUGAUAAAUGGUUUUAUGCAUUUUCCAUAAGUGAUAAACAAGAUGAGGUUGCAAGUUUUAUGGAAAACCCCUUCCUAAGGAAAAAGCGAUCCAUUGAAAAUAAAGGUAGUGAGAAUAAAGCAGCGACAAAGAAGGCAAAAGUCGUCACUCCUGACCAAUGCUUUUUCUGUUUGAGCAACCCCAAAACUGAGACUCAUAUGAUUGUGUCAAUCGGUUCGCAAGCGUAUCUAACAGUUGCAAAGGGUCCACUCACCAGAUCAAACAAGGAUUUAUCAUUUUCGGGCCAUGGAAUUAUAAUACCGAUUCAACAUGUUGCUAAUGUUAAUGACCGAGAUGGCGCAAUACGACAAGAAAUCAACAAAUUUCAGCAAACAUUAGUCAAGGCAUUUGCAAAACAAAAGCCAUUUCUCAAGUUGAUCUUUUUCGAAUUGAACAGACAUAACAACGUUCAUCAUAAUGUCCAGUUUUUACCGGUUUAUGAACCAGAACUCGAUAAAUUCCUGCAGUCAUUGGAGUAUAGAAGAGACACCAAUAACGAAAAGUUCAAGCGAAAUCAGAAGCUAGAGUUUGUCGAGUUUACUAAUGAGGACGACUCAAAACUUGAGGCCAUUGAGAAGGAGAAUGAUUAUAUCAAGUUUACUAUUUCCAUUAGUGAAGAGGAAUCGAAAAUUUACAUUGCUAAAUUAACCAAAGGUGAGCCAGUUGAUAUCCAGUUUCCUCUGUCAACAACCAAAAUUCAAAGAAAUGGCCGACUGUGA